UUGAAAAUUCGUGACUAGUAAAACACGGUAUUCAGAGGUUCUCAAAAGUGAAGUAUUCAAUACUUGUGUGCACUAUUAGUGCUAUCCAGCAGUGCCAUGGAAAAAUUCCAACUGUUCAUCAUAGCCUUAGUUGGACUAACAGCAUCCGUCGCAGCAAAUUCAGAUUUUUGCUACGUGUGUUCCUCGGGGGUAACCCAAAAUUGCCUCAUUCCCGAUAUACACAUUCUGUUGCGAGAAUGCAACCCUGCAGUGAAUAAUUUUACCUGUUUCACUCGGAUUGUGGACCGUGAAGUCCAUCGUGGCUGUUCAUCCUCGCUGUCUCGAGAGGAUUUUAUCCACUGUGACAUAGCAAAUAAUUGUGAGCUUUGCUACGACCAGGUGAAUCAGGGCAGAUGUAACGGAGCGCUCUUUCCGGAACAUAGACUUCAUUGCCACCAGUGCAGCGGUAAUGUCAACGAUACGUGCGGUCAAGAAAUUCAAGUAACUCCACAACUUUGCCGUCUCUUCACACCGGAGGACCAAUGUUUUGUGAGCGUAGUCGGCGAUCAGGUUGAGCGUGGAUGCCUCUCGGACAGCGACUUUUGCCGUAUCGGUCAGACAUGCCACACUUGCGACGGUAACGGUUGCAACUAUAAACACUAUACGGACGGUGCCACGAGUUUGGUCAUUUCUCUAAAGACUUUGGUCAUAGUUUUGCUGACGGCAAUGUUUUCCAGUAGCUUCAGACAGUAAGCAAAAAUUAGAUAAGUUUCAUUUUUUUGCUAUCUGAUAUUAACAUUAGUACAUCAUCAAGCGAAUAAAAUUAACUGACGCGAAUGAAAUUAACGCAUAAAGUUAAAAGUCCUGUCCACCAUUUUUCAUUAUUAUAUUCAAAUUAAAAAUAAAACAUUUCAGAAAGUUUUAA